GGUGAAGUGGAGGAAACCCUCCAGAGGAUUCAAGCCCACAAAGGGGUUAUCGCACUGAUGGUUAUAAACCCCGAAGGAAUUCCAGUAAGAACAAAUCUUGAUCACCCUACAACAGUCCAGUAUGCAUAUCAUUUUCAGCAGCUCAUCAUGCAAGCAAGGAGCGCAGUGAGAGACAUUGAUCCUCAGAAUGAUCUAACCUUUUUUAGGAUCAGAACAAAGAAACAUGAAAUUAUGAUUGCUCUAGAGAACGAGUAUCUCCUGAUCAUUAUUCAGGAACCAUGCGAAUAG